AUGGCGACGGCGGCGGUGGAAACUCGGAAGCCUGAUGACUCGAAGCAGAUCCACCAGCAAGGCGCCGUGUCCGGUGGCGGCGAAGGGCUCCGGCAGUAUUAUCAGCAGCACAUACAGGAUAUGCAGCUACUAGUCCGUCAGGAGAUUCACGAUCAGCAGCGAUUAGAAGCUCAACGCAAUGAAGUAAAUGCCGGAGUGAAGGAAGAGUUUCAGCUUCUUCAGGAGCCUGGAUCAUAUGUGGGAGAAGUUGUCAAAGUCAUGGGAAAAUCUAAGGUCCUUGUUAAGGAAACUGGACUUUUUCAUAUGAAUUGGUUGCUUUUAUUUCUAUCUUUCGACUUCUUCAAAGGUGUGAUGUCUGUGCAUGUUCUUUUCUUUACCUGGCUUAACAGUUAUAAGAUACAAAGUAAGUUUAAUUCUGGUCCAACCUCUUACAACGAAUAG